AUGGCUCCUCCGAGCCCGAGAGGCCGCCCCAUCCGAAAGUCGUCUCUGCUCUCCCUCGACGAUGCCCAUCAUCACUAUCCCCUGACCACGAGAACCGGUGCCUUGGCUUCGCUCAUCCGGAGCCGCUCCCAGCAGAGCCUCACCGGCUCCUGGCCCCCCGCUGCCCAUCGCCAUGUCCCCGACGACGAUGAAUCGGCCAUCUGGAUGCGCCAUGACGACGAAGAUAUCGAGAGGCUGCUUCGCGAUGAGACGCGCCUCAGCCAAAUCCUCAAGGGGCCCCAGGUGCGAAGCAUGAAUCUGAUUGGCAAGAGCAACCCUCGCUAUCGGUGGGAGCGAUACUGGAAAAACGAGGACGAGCUCAAGGCCAUGAAGAAACCAAUCCGCGAGUACUAUGAACGUACAAACGAGCUCAUCCAGCAAUACAUGUACAUUGACUGUCUUCUCGACUCGUCCAUUCCUCACGACUUGCUUAAUGAGUAUUCGGCCGAGCUCGAGGCCUCGGCCUUCCGGCCCCUUGACGUCCCCGCUACCAUCAGCGAGGAGCCCAACCUGUCUCAAUCCCUCUCGACCGCUUCUCUCGACCGCCAAGGUCCCGACUCGUACGGCUCCAUAGCUCCCGCCCCCAAGGACAAUGGCCAGAACGGCGCCAAGCCGCCUCUGCCCCAGAAGCGAACUCCCAAGGACAUCUUCCGCUCCUCGGAGAGCAUGCCGCUGCUUCAGCACGCCGAUGAGGAGCCCUUUUCCCCGGCGCCCGUGCCUCGGACGGGAGACAAGGGUCCGAGGCCCAGCCUGUCAUGGCUCGAGGACGGCGAGGUGGACAGCGACGACCCCAUUGUGACGCUGGCCAUCUGGGUGAACCUGGUCGCCAAUGUGGUUCUUCUCAUCGGCAAAAUCGCCGUCAUCAUCUCCGUCCCGUCCAUGUCCGUCCUGGCCAGUCUUGUCGACGCCACCCUCGACUUCCUCAGCACCGCCAUCGUCUGGACCACCACUCGGCUCAUCUCGUCGGGCCACAAGGACCAGCACCGCUACCCUGUCGGGCGCCGCCGCUUGGAGCCUGUGGGCGUCUUGGUUUUCUCCGUCAUCAUGGUGACGUCCUUUGUCCAGGUCGGGUUGCAGUGUAUACAGCGUCUGGCGGGUACCGAGCACGAAAUCAUAUCCCUUGGCCUCCCGGCCAUCGUCAUCAUGGUCACCACCAUUGUCAUCAAGGGGGCGUGCUGGGUAUGGUGCCGCCUGGUCAAGAACUCGAGCGUCCGAGCGUUGGCCGACGACGCCAAGACGGACGUCAUUUUCAACAUCGGGUCGAUCCUCUUCCCCAUUAUCGGCUUCUACGGCAAGAUUUGGUGGCUCGACGCUUCCGGCGGUCUGGUCCUCUCCCUCGUCGUCAUCUUCACAUGGAGCCAGACGUCUGCACACCACGUGCGCAACCUGACGGGCUUCUCGGCGCAGCCCGACGAGCGCAACCUGCUACUCUAUCUCACCAUGCGCUUCGCCACCGCCAUCCGUCGCAUCCAGAACCUGCGUGCCUACCACGCCGGCGACAAGCUCUUCGUCGAGGUGGACAUUGUGCUGUCGGCAAUCACGCCGCUCAAGGACAGCCACGACCUGAGCGAGGUUCUCACCUACUUCCUCGAGUCCGUGCCCAUUGUGGACAGGGCCUUUGUCCACGUCGACUAUGCGAGCUACAACGCGCCCACGCACAUGCUGAAGCAGUCAUCGUCUUGA